AGUGUUUUGACAGCUGCUGGUCUUCGCUCUCUUUCCUUUUCUGUCGGUUGGGUUUGGUACUUUGGUCAUUGGCCAUUGCUUAUUGGGGACCGCCGUUUACUGUUUUGUGGUAGUCUACUGUCUACUUUAGUCGUGGUAUACUGCUACCCAUAAAUGCUAUGCUUCCGUUAGGAUUCCGUACCCGUAUUUAUACCCGCCAUAGUUAGUACGCAGAUUUAUAGUAUGUGAAACGGUUUUUAAUUUUUUAACGUUUGCACUACGAUUAUUUUCCUCAAUUUAUAUAUUUUUUUAUAAAAACCAAUCGAGUGAAAAUAACAUUGUAUUACUAUGAAUCGCCCGAAUUAUAAUCAGAACUACAAAUUGGUAGUAGUCGGAGGCGGUGGUGUUGGGAAAUCUGCAAUCACCAUACAAUUUAUACAGAAAUAUUUUGUAACAGAUUAUGAUCCAACAAUUGAAGAUUCAUACACAAAACAAUGUGUAGUUGAUGAUGUUCCAGCAAAAUUAGAUAUUUUGGAUACUGCUGGACAAGAAGAAUUUAGUGCUAUGAGAGAACAAUAUAUGAGAUCAGGUGAAGGGUUUUUGUUAGUGUUUUCUGUAGCAGAUAAAACUAGUUUCAAUGAGAUGGAAAAAUUUCACAGACAAAUUCUUAGAGUUAAAGAUAGAGAUGAAUUUCCAAUGCUGAUGGUUGGAAAUAAGGCAGAUUUAAGUAGUCAAAGAAUGGUUUCUAUACAAGAUGCACAAAAUAUGGCCAUGCAACUGAAAAUACCUUACAUAGAAUGCAGUGCUAAAGCAGGAAUGAACAUUGAUCAAUCAUUCCAUGAACUAGUUCGAAUUGUAAGAAGGUUUCAAUUAUCUGAAAGACCACCAAUCAAAUCAACACCACAGAAGAGUUCAAAAAAGUGUUCCAUACUUUAGCAGUAUAUGUUGUCUAUUGUACAAUGUUGUUAUGUUUACAUACCAACUCGCACUAAACUAAUUUGUUGUGUUCCCAAUUAUUGUCAAUUUUAACCAUACACAUUUAAAACAAAUAUUUUUCACAGUAUUAAAUAUUAAUAUCUAGUCGUACAUAAAUUGUACAUUUGAACAAAUCUGUUGACAUAUAAUUAACAUAAUAUAGGGUAUUACAUUUUUUUUUUUUUUUUAAUACUUAACAUAGUUUUAAGCAACCAAUAGCAUAGUAAGUAAAUUUUAAUAACAAAAACCUAUUUUGUUAAUAAACAGUUUGAAUGUUUUCUUCAAGAAUGCAAACUUAAUACUUAUUAACCAAUUUUGCCAACUUAAAAAAAUAUUAAAAUUCCAAACCUUAUUUAAAUAUCCAAGUUUUUAUCUCAGUGUCUACCCAACCCCUUCCCCCGCAAGUAUUUUACUUUUUUUUUAUUGGGGUUAAGACUUUGACAACUCGGGUCAUUAGCCUGUGGAACUGUGGGGAAGAGUAGUGUAGGUUUUUGGGUUUGAUCGGUUGUUUAAACACGUGAGUGUAUGUGUAGCAAGGAUUCGUCGCUAAAAAUCCUGGAUGGUCACCAAACCAGGAACUAGCAACGCCGGCUGUUACAUACACUCAGUGGGUUUCUACAGUUGAGUGAAUGUACUCCAAGCUGAAUGCCAUACCAAGCCACAUUUUACUUUUCUAGACAGUUUUUGGGAUGUCACCAUCUGGGGCAAACUACUUAAAUCUUAUUAUUUAUAAAUAAAAGUAAUAUACUAAUAUAAAUGGCAGAGCAAAUCCUAUUACAUUAAUUGGUUGUCAAAAAUGCAUUAUUUAAGUUUUUUUUAUGUUAAUAAUUUUUGACAUUAUUAUAUUUUUUGCAAAUUAUUUUCUUAAUUGUUCAUCAAUUAAUGUUUUUUAUAUUAAUAAAUUUUAAAUCAAAAAAUUCAACAUUUAAAUAAUUUUGAAAUGUUACCUACUAUUUGUUCUUUAAAACAAAUACAAAUUUGUUUAUUUUUGUAUUAUAAUAGUUUAUACAUAAAUUAUAUAUUUUUAAUAACUAUUGUAUAUUAACUAUUAAGUACUUAAUGAUUUAUUAUAUAAUUUCAUUUUUGUUGUUGUUGAAUGCUUAACAAAUUAUUAUGUUUGGACAAUCUGGAAACAAGAUCUAAAUAAAAAUAAAAUGUCAAACUAUAAAAUUGUAUUUUCAUAUCUUUACAACUUUAUUUAAACUGUGAUAAAUUAAAAAAAUUAUCUAAUAACUUAUAUUAACUAUGUAAAUUUAAAUACAUUAUGUAUUUAAGUUAAAUUACUUGAAUUACUGUAAACUUAAUAUUAGUAUGGAACUGGUUAUAAGAGCAUUUUCUUUGUAUACUAUUAUCAAAAAUAUGUAUAGACUUAAAGAGAUAAAUGUAAUGAAGCUCGUAGAGUAAUAUUACUCUAUGAUGUAGCUCCAGAUUUAAGAUUAUAUCUUUCAUUUGAACCUGAUUUAAAAAACUGUAAUUCAAAACAUGGUUCAGGUUACUAUUUUUUAUUCAUUAAAAAAUUUAAAUUUCUUUUUUAAGUGUAUUACUAAAUAUUAAUUAGCACCAAUCUUUCUAUAAAAUUUUACCUCCCCCCAAAGUUCAUAAAUUGGAAGCAGUCUUACUGAACCCUCCCUUCCCUCACAUCUAGUAAUCUAUUUAUCUAAUUUACUAAUUGUUUUUCUAUGUAAACAGAUUGUAAAUGUCUUUUAUAAAAAAAAGUGUUAUUGCAAAAUAUAAAAUAUAUAUAUUA